AUGCUCCAUGAUGGCCGGAAUCGAACCGAGCAUAGGGACGUUGACCUGCGAAAUUCAACGGCUAACCGUGGACCCCCUCAGAUGGCCCCGGUGGAGGAACCGGAACACGUGCUCGCCAUCGGCACGGGGACGAGGAUAUGGGCCGUGGAGUUUGCGGAAGAACACCCUAGUUCCAAAGUCAUUGGGACCGAUCUGAGCCAAGUUCAGCACGUGCACGCGGCGUUGUCGAAUCCCUCGUUUGCGAGGGAGGAUAUCGAGAUGACUGGUCCUGCAGACGGCGUCCAAUUACAUUCAUCUACGUCUGAUUAUCACUUACUUUAA